AAGAAGAAGAAGAAGAAGAACGUCAUUCAAACUACAAACACCACAAAUAUAUCAUUCUCUUGCCUCUGACACCAGACCAGACCGGGAUAAAAAAUAAAGGUGGUGGCAGUAUCACAUGAUUUUUGUCAGGUCUCUUCAGAAGAGCAACAGGCAAGAUUAGCUGUGAUAUUAUCAAGCUCAUAAGAACACGGACUUGGCUAAAAGCAUAUCGUUUUUUUCUGCAUAAUCUCUUGCAAACUCCAGUCCAGUUGAUGGCAGUAAUGCACCUUUAAACUGGUUUUCCAAUCGCCAAUAAGCACUAAAGAACAGGAGGAAGAAGUUGGUGCGACAUGCUGCUUCCCUACUUGCUGCUACUGCGUUAAACGUCGUCCUUAAACCUGGUGGAUUCGCAUCCCGGACACCCUCGCUCUUGGCCCUUAGGAAUGAAGAGCACAACUUUGUCUUGAGCUGAACACGCAACUUCCACUUCUGGGUGAACAUCACAGCAGUGAGGAGGAGGAGAAGAGGGGGACAAUCAUGCAGCGUAUCCUGACUCCUGGGACACUGAGGCGUAUGGCAGCAGUGCGCCCACUCCUGGUUGGCAACACCCUUCCUAAGCCAGCAGUAGCACUGUGCUGCUGUGCUCUUCGUCUGAUACAAGUGCCACAUGCAGGCCAACACUGGUUCUCAACCUCAGCCUCUAGCAUGGAGGCACAUCAGCCGAAACACCAGCCACAACAGGCCAACACCACACCUCAGACCCCAGAGGUUCAGAGAGGGGAGGCUGGGCCUGAUGCUGCAGAGGUGGAUCCCCUGCAGGACAAGUCCAUCGGCCUGUUCCAGAGGUUUAAGAGGACCUUCAAACAAUAUGGGAAGGUGAUGAUCCCUGUUCAUCUAGUGACGUCCUCAGUCUGGUUUGGAACCUUCUAUUACGCUGCUAUGAAAGGUGUGAAUGUUGUGCCAUUCCUGGAGAUGAUGGGUCUACCAGAGACAUUAGUUGGCCUUUUGAAAGACUCUUCGAGUGGCUACGCUCUGACUGCAUAUGCCAUGUACAAGAUCUCCACCCCUGCUAGAUAUACAGUAACUCUGGGUGGCACAUCACUAUCAAUUCAAUAUCUCCGCAAACAUGGCUACUUGUCCACACCACCACCUGUAAAAGAAUACAUCCAGGACAAAAUGGAGGAGACAAAAGAAAAAUUUACAGAAAAGAUGGAGGAGACGAAGGAGAGACUGUCAGAGAAGAUGGAGAACACAAAGGAGCGCAUUUCUGAGAAAAUGGAAGAGACUAAGGACAAGUUUUCUGAGAAACUGCAGGAAACCAAAGAAAGAGUCUCUGAGGGAAAAGCAUUUUUUAGAAAGAAAAAUGAAUAGUGAAACAAUUUGACAGUAUGACUAUUCAUCAGUGAGUUGGGAGCAAGACAGCACUUCUAUGACUGGGGGAAAAAGAGAGACACAUUGCAUUAAUCAAAUUUCAGAAAUCACCUCACACACUUGGCUGUCACCUGUUAUCUGUUUUAAUUUUCAGAUUUCGUUCCUUAUUGUCUAAACCCUGCGACUGUUAGUGUUGACAAGACAGCAGCUUCAUCUCUGGAUUUUCACAGGAAUCUGGACUUCAACUCUCUGCUGGUUGUUUGACAGAGGCAUGGUCUUAUUUCUCUUCAUGAAACAUUUGAACACAUGUACAAUUACAUGAGGGGAAAGGUCCAUGUAUCAUUUACCUUUGUAUAAACAGUACUAAAAGAAACAAAGAUUGUAUAGCUUCCUUCAGACAUGCACUGAUAUCCAGAUAUCCUCAGCAAUUUUAAAGGAGGUGUAUGUGUGAAUGCAAAUGUCUCAGUGAGAAUCUCUGGACUUUCUGCGGACUUUCUCUGCCUGGUUCCCUAGUAUAAAUUUCGCAGAAAGUCUGCAGAAUCCAAUAUGAGCACACAGCAGGGGAUCCCCGCUGGAUUCACUGUCAGUGAGUGGGGUGGUUGAUGAGGCUUCUUACAUGAGACAGACAUAAAAAAGACAACAAAUAUCUAACUUUGAUAAGAGCCGAUGUCAAUGUGCUGUGACCAAAAUCACAAGUUCUCCACAGCAGAAUUAAUUAAUUACUUCCUGCCUCUGACUGCUACACCACCCCUCGCCUGAAUCCUGUUGUGAUGGGUCUGAGUGAAGAAUCUCCAGCUGCAGAGCACAUGUGCAUGUCCUCCACAGGACAUUUCUGAAAAAGGCUUAAGAGAGAGAAAGAGAGAGAGCAGUCCUUAUGCAUCCGGGUGUUGAGACAAUAAAACUUGAAGUUUGUGGUUACUUAUACAUACUAGUCCAUCAAAGCCUUUAUGAAGAAUAUUUUAAACCCUCUGUCUUUUCUCUUGUAAUGAAAACUAUUUUUUUUUAAUGUAUUUUUAUCUUCUAGCCAAAACUAAUUUAUGACAUUAUUUUAGUGUCUGUACCACAUACUGUUGUGGCUGAAAGUCUCCAUUUUUGGAGAAUGGUUUAGGGGCAGAAAUUGUCAGUGAAUGUCAGUUUACAUGUGAUGAGUAACUGGUCAGGUAAAAUUAGUCAUGUAAACACGUUGGGUCCAGUAUUGUACAUGCAGUCAUAUGUAUGAACACAGGCAGUACUGUGUAAUACACGGAUAUAAUAAAGUGGUUACAGUGUCCUCCCUGCCAGCUGAGAUGUCUUGGCUUCUCUAGUAAAUAUAAAACGUUCUUGUGAGAACAGAUGUGUGGCUCAAACUACAGAUGAAUAAAAUUAAUUGCAAAUCAA